GGCGGCGGCGGCGGCAGUGAGUUCGGUUGCGCGUGGCGCACGGGGUGGGAGCGGAGCCCAGGCCGGGAGCAGGCGCCACCGCCAGCCACCAUGGGGAACGUGUUGGCCGCUAGCUCGCCGCCCGCAGGGCCGCCGCCUCCACCUGCGCCGGCCCUCGUGGGGCUGCCGCCACCUCCGCCCUCGCCGCCGGGCUUCACGCUGCCGCCGCUCGGAGGCGGCCUUGGUGCUGGGGCCAGCGCGGGUCGAGGUUCGGACCGAACCGCGGGGGCUGCCACCGUCAGUGCCGCAGGGGUCGCUGACAACGGGGCCUGCGACUGCCUGCCCAACCCCGGCACGUUCGAAGAGUGCCACCGGAAGUGCAAGGAGCUGUUUCCCAUUCAGAUGGAGGGUGUCAAGCUUACAGUCAACAAAGGGUUGAGUAACCAUUUCCAGGUGAACCACACAGUAGCCCUCAGCACAAUCGGGGAGUCCAACUACCACUUCGGGGUCACGUAUGUGGGGACAAAGCAGCUGAGUCCCACAGAGGCGUUCCCAGUGCUGGUGGGUGACAUGGAUAACAGUGGCAGCCUCAACGCUCAGGUCAUUCACCAGCUGGGCCCUGGCCUCAGGUCCAAGAUGGCCAUCCAGACCCAGCAGUCGAAGUUUGUGAACUGGCAGGUGGAUGGGGAGUACCGGGGUUCCGACUUCACAGCAGCCGUCACCCUCGGAAACCCAGACGUUCUCGUGGGUUCAGGAAUCCUCGUGGCCCACUACCUCCAGAGCAUCACGCCAUGCCUGGCCCUGGGUGGAGAGCUGGUCUACCACCGGCGGCCCGGAGAAGAAGGCACCGUCAUGUCGCUGGCUGGGAAAUACACACUUAACAACUGGUUGGCCACAGUGACACUUGGCCAAGCAGGCAUGCACGCGACGUACUACCACAAAGCCAGUGACCAGCUGCAGGUAGGCGUGGAGUUCGAGGCCAGUACGAGGAUGCAGGACACCAGCGUCUCCUUUGGGUACCAGCUGGACCUGCCGAAGGCCAACCUCCUCUUCAAAGGCUCCGUGGACAGUAACUGGAUCGUGGGCGCCACCCUGGAGAAGAAGCUGCCACCCCUGCCUCUGACGCUGGCCCUCGGGGCCUUCCUGAACCACCGCAAGAACAAGUUCCAGUGCGGCUUCGGCCUCACCAUCGGCUGAGUCCACGCUGAGUCCACUCCGGCCUCCACGCCCUUCCUCCUCCUCCACCUCCCCGGAGGGAGACCUGAGCCCCUUCCCCUCCUCUCCCUCCCUCCUCCAGGGUCGGGGGGCAGCGGAAAGGAGGGGACCCGCCACCCCAGCAGCUGAGGAGGGGGUGCUGGAUCCAAGGGGGCGCUUCGGGACUCUGAGCGCCGGGGCCGGGUGAGCCCAAUGGGCCUGGGGUCCCAGGGGGGAUUCUGGAAUCUGGGCGCUGGAUUCUGAGCACCAGGGCAGAAGUGGCCAGACAACCUCAGGGAGGAGUGUCAUGGCGUCCCCAUCCUUCACAGAGGGCCCCGCCGAGCCCGCCCAAGGGGCAGCAAGAGGAGCUCCCCGCCCCGUCAGCCCGCCCUGCCCACUUUCCCUUCUACCCCUCAGUAUAAAUCAUGUUUAUAAGUUAUAGAAGAACCGGGACAUUUUACAGAAAAAAUGAAAAAAAAAAAAAAAAACAA